CUUUACUUCUGUAUAUGCAGUGUGAGAUCAGCUCAUCAUGUGGAGAGUUGUGGUCCUUGUUUUUGUGUUGGCUCUUGGAGAACUAGCAGUACCUUCUAGUGCAGCUUACGGUCAGAGAGAGGAAUCUGAAGGUCAUUGCAAAACAAAUGAAGAUUGUGGGGCUGACUCUAAGAAAUACCUGAUACAUAAACAAGACACGUGCUCAGGUCGUUGUGGGGCGGGUCAUGACCCCAGUAAGACGUGUCAAUGUAACACCCACUGUGGAACCUAUGGAGACUGCUGUGCCGACUACCACGCCCUCUGUACACAACAAACUUGUUCUGGAAGAUGUAACGCUGCCCUAGACAACAGCAAACCCUGUCAAUGUAACAGCGCAUGCGUCAAUUUCGGUGAUUGUUGCCCAGAUUAUCAAACUCUGUGUGUUG